GGAAUUUCCCGUCUUUUCUUUCGGCCAUGUCCACCGGCAAAGAGCUCGUUCCCAAUCACAAUGACACCUUUCAGAAGACCCAGCAACCUUUGCAGGUUGCAAAGCGCUUAGAGAAGUUCAAAACAACAAUCUUCUCCCAAAUGAGUAUGCUUGCCAACAAACAUGGGGCCAUAAACCUUGGUCAGGGAUUUCCCAACUUUGAUGGUCCAGAGUUUGUAAAGGAAGCUGCAAUUCAGGCCAUAAGGGAUGGGAAAAAUCAGUACGCCCGGGGUCCUGGAGUUCCUGACCUGAACUCGGCCAUCGCAGAUAGAUUUAAGAAAGAUGCUGGGCUUACGGUGGACCCUGAAAGAGAAGUUACCGUUACCACUGGAUGCACAGAAGCAAUUGCUGCGACCGUGUUGGGAUUAAUAAAUCCUGGUGAUGAGGUUGUCCUAUUUGCUCCUUUUUAUGAUUCUUAUGAGGCCACUCUUUCCAUGGCUGGUGCUAAAAUAAAAUGCAUCACUUUGCGCCCUCCAGACUUUGCUGUCCCCUUUGAAGAACUGAAGUCUACCAUCUCAAAUGGUACCCGUGCCAUUCUCAUAAAUACACCUCACAACCCAACUGGAAAGAUGUUCACGCGAGAGGAGCUUGAUGCUAUAGCAUCUCUAUGCAUUGAAAAUGAUGUUCUGGCUUUUGCUGAUGAAGUUUAUGAUAAGUUGUCUUUUGAUAUGGAUCACGUUUCUAUAGCUUCUCUUCCUGGAAUGUUUGACAGGACAGUAACAAUGAAUUCUCUGGGAAAGACGUUCUCGUUAACCGGGUGGAAGGUUGGAUGGGCAAUAGCACCCCCUCACUUGACAUGGGGUCUGCGACAGGCACACUCUUUCCUCACUUUUGCCACCUGCGCUCCCAUGCAGUGGGCAACUGCAGCAGCUCUCAGAGCGCCAGAUUCUUACUUUGCGGAUCUCAAGAGGGAUUAUAUGGCAAAGAGGGAGAUUUUGGUGGAUGGAUUGAAGGCUGUUGGUUUUAAAGUGUUCCCGUCCAGUGGAACUUACUUUGUUGUGGUGGAUCACACACCUUUUGGACUGGAAAAUGAUGUUGAAUUCUGUGAAUAUCUAAUUAAGGAGGUGGGAGUGGUGGCAAUUCCUACCAGUGUAUUUUACUUGAAUCCGGAAGAGGGAAAGAAUCUAGUCAGAUUUACUUUCUGCAAGGAUGAGGAAACUCUAAGGGCUGCAGUUGAAAGGAUGAAAGGAAGACUGAAAAGAAAAUGAUCCGGAUAAAAGGUUUGAGAUGGUUGAACCCUAAUAAGCCAUGGGAUGCACUAUAUAUGUUACAGCACGGAAAUAACGUAUGAGAGGCAUUUUUCUCCACUGGGAGCUUUCAUUGUAGGAUAGUAGUAACUUCUGUGUGCCUGAAGUGAGAACCAGCAGAUGCUCAUUAGUCUAGUCAUUAUUUGUUAUCAAGGGCUUUUUAUAAAAUUCCAAUGUUAUUGUGGCUAUUUGCUGGUGACAAAUGAAGGGUAGGAAGGACAUGUACAAUAAUCAAUAAUAACCGGGAUCAUGAACUCCUGCGGAGAAAUCACCAACUCUUUUCAGUUAAGGUUUAUGUUUCUCCAUGUUGAUAAUCCAUUUUUUGUUAGGUUGUCUUAAACCCGGCAUUUUCUUUGUCCGGGAGGCGUGUUGUAUAGGAGCAUGUUAUUCUCUUGGCCAUUGUGCUUCAUGAAGCUCAACAGCAGUCAUGUUCUUGAGGAGUGGAGAUACAGAACACACCACGCUCCGAUCUAAUUUUGCCUUGUUUGGCAAGUUUGAAAAGGAAAAGAAAAAACUGGCCAGAAGCAAAUGGAAAGAUGAGUUGACAUGGCAUGAUCUGCCUCUCCGUCACAUUAAUUUCUUGUUCUGUUUUGGGUUCGUAGCGAGGAUGAUGUAAAGAAAUGCGCAGUAGGGGGUAUGUCUUAUCUGAGUUAUAAUUGCUGCAAUAAGAUGUUGCCAUGGAAUAAAUUUUGCCGUUUUAUGUAAUUGCCAAGGUUUUUAAAACGUUCAGCCGCGGCUGAGCUUAGACGCGAA